AUGGAAUCAUGCCUUCGACAUGUCUAGAUAUUUGUUUGUUACGGUGAUAAGUAAUGGUUGUCAGGACGAAAUAUGGCUGUUCGCUACAUUUGGCAAAAGAGGAUAUUCAAAGAAGUCUUAAUAAUGUCAAAUGAAAAAUAAUGUCAAAUGAGUGAGAGGACUGUUCGGCAAGUAUAUUACUUAUGUAACUAUAAAUUACUGCAUUGGUGGCCAUCAUGUGACAGAAAUAGUAGUGUAGUUUUCCGCUCCGUUAGUGGCAUCACCUGUUUUCGUUGUAUUUUUAUGUGACUCUCAGUCUCGCAAUAAAAAAAAACAGACACCGUGUUUACAGCGCCACCUGCCCCUAGAUUUUUCGAAACUAACGCUGCCGCGUUAUAACCAAUGUCAGUAUGUUAGUUUCUCUGUUCUCAUAUGACAAUACAUAAUAGGACUGGCUGUUGAUAUAGUAUAGAGAUCGAUAAUUACUCACUAAGUAUUGAUUAAUAAUCGAUAAUUAUCGGAGAAGUAACUUUAACUUUAAAAUGCAAGAAAGUCACAAGAAAGACAUCAACAUAUUUCACUCAUUGUAUUGUCACUACUAGAUGCAUCAAUGGAGAAAGGUGGUCUCACAGAUGAACAGAGGAGGAAAAUAGAAGAAAACCGCAAACGAGCCUUGGAACGACGUCAACAAAAGAGUCCACAGAAAGCAUCUCUUCCUGUUCAAACUGUCACAACAAAUAAAAUCAUUAAUCCACCAUCUCAAUUUCCAGGAAACAAAGGACAAAUAAGCAGUUUUGGACUGACAACUGUUAGAAGCAUUGGUACAAACUCACAUCAGCACAGUUCCAAACCACCUUCUUCAUCUUUGGGAUCAAUAGCCUCAGAAAAAUCAUUUCAGAAUAACCGGUUCCAACAGUACAGCUAUUCACAUGCUUCUGGCCAGAGCAAAUCUAGUGAUUGGAAAAACACAAGGACUAAUUCAUCCAGCACGACAAGUGGUCUAUAUAAGUCUGGACAUAAGCAAGAUCCUGUGUCGGCAAAAGUUUUCUAUUCCCAAAAUACUGUAAAAGGACAGUGUGUGUUGGAGUCGAGGGAAAGAUUCCGUGUGGACAUCAGCUAUCAUGCAGGGCUGGUGGAGAUCUUCAAAUCUCUCAACUCAAAAUUAUAUGAUGCUGUCAGUCGAAAGUGGAGCUUUAAGCUGGAAGAUUAUGAUAACCUGUUGAAGGCUGUGACCCCCCUGAAACCCCAGGUCCACCUUGAGCCCCUCCCCAGGGCUAUACUACAGACGUUUGCCAAGCAGCUCAGGGGCACCUAUGAGUCCAAUGACAUCCCUGAGGCUGACCUCUCCAAGGUCGAUGCCGUACUGGUCGACGCCCUCAUGCCGUUCCAGCGACUCGGUGUCAGUUUUGCCAUCCAUAAGCAAGGCCGGGUGCUGCUAGCUGAUGAUAUGGGCCUGGGAAAGACGAUACAAGCCAUAUGUGUUGCAGCCUACUACCGGCAUCUGUGGCCGUUGUUGGUUGUCUCCCCUUCUUCUGUUAGGUUCGACUGGGCUCAGCAAAUCCGGCGGUGGAUCCCGAGUUUGGACCCCCAGGAGAUCAACGUGGUGGUGUCGGGCAAGUCCAGCUGUACUUCGGGGCAGGUGAACAUCGUCAGUUAUGACAUUCUGGCAAGGAAGGCUGAAGACAUCAAGAAGAAGCACUUCCAGGUGGUCAUCAUGGACGAGUGCCACUUCCUGAAAAACUUCAAGACUGUUCGGACAAAAGCAGCUCUGCCAAUACUUCAGAAUGCAAGGAAGGUGUUGUUGCUGUCGGGCACGCCGGCCCUGUCUCGUCCGUCCGAGCUGUACACGCAGAUUGUUGCUGUUGUUCCAUCUCUCUUCAAGUUCCAUGACUUCGGUGUCCGCUACUGUGAUGGGAAACAGCAACCGUGGGGCUGGGACUUCUCCGGGGCAUCCAACAUGGCGGAGCUGCAGCUACUGCUGGAGGAGCGGAUCAUGAUCAGACGGCAGAAGAAGGACGUAUUGUCCCAGUUACCUGCCAAGGUCCGUCAGAUGGUUUUGCUAGAUCCCCAGGACAUCAAGUCGAACAAGGACCUGAAGAACUCCUCCAAACUCCUGGAUCACAAGAACCUCAAGGGGAUGGAGAGACGAGGAGCCCUGUUAGAGUACUUCCACCACACCUGCACUGCCAAGACGAAGGCUGUCAGAAACUACAUACUGGACAUGUUGGAGUCGGACAAGAAGUUCAUCGUGUUCGCACAUCAUCAAGAGAUGCUGGAUGCUGUAGAGGAUGCCAUCGUGUCAUGUAAGAAUGGGCCCGAGUUUAUUCGGAUUGAUGGCAAAACUUCCUCCGAGGAGCGUAACAUUCGCUGUCAGAGGUUUCAGAACAGUGAGUCUGUGAAGGCAGCUGUGCUGUCCAUCACUGCAGCCAACGCAGGACUCAACAUGGCCGCUGCAACCGUCGUUGUAUUUGCUGAGCUGUUUUGGAACCCAGGGAUCCUGGUUCAAGCAGAAGACCGAGCUCACCGGAUAGGGCAGAUGGACUGUGUCAAUGUCCACUACCUGGUUGCCCAGGCAACUGCUGAUGACUAUAUAUGGCCUCUCAUUCAGAGUAAGCUGGAAGUGCUGAGUAAAGCUGGGCUCACCAAGGACAACUUCUCAGAGGCAGACACUACACACAUGAAGGAUUCUAGAUCUAAGGACAUCAUGGACUAUUUUGAGGAUUCUUUCAUUGAGGAAGGAGAGGUGGAAGGUGAUAAGCCCGAUGAAGAACCCACUAAACCAUCAACGUCCAUCUCUCCUGCCAUAUCUCCAGACAAGCAGGAAAAAAGAGCAGCACACACUGCUCGUCAGUCCAAUAUUGAUAAAUUCUUUGUGACAAAGAGUGAAGACAAGGCAUCACAGGACUCCAAGACCCAGGACGAAGACUUUGAUUCAGAUGAUUUCUUUGACACCCUGACCAGUGAAGACAUGCUGGCUCUCACAGACGACGUCGACUGGGAUGAGGAGAUACACGAGCCUGAUCUCAAAAAGAGAAAACUGUGAAAGGAUGAAUGUUGACACACUGUCCAUCCUUGGUCUAGUCUAAAUCAGUCAUUGCCAGACUUGUGUUCAUCUUUAGCCACAUUGUUAAUGUAGGAGAUGAAGCCAUCUUUAAACACUGUAGGAUGAGUAGGAAUGUAUGGCUAACAGAGGUCAAUAAGGCACGCCUGGCAAUAUUGUUACAGAUUAAGCCAUCUUCACACAGUCAGAUGAGUAGGAAUAAAUGGAUAAUUGGGGUCAAAAAGUCAUCCCUAGCCAUAUUGUUGGAGUGAGUGAGUGAGUAUGGUUUUACGCCGCUUUUAGCAAUAUUCCAGCAAUAUCACGGCAGGGGACACCAGAAAUGGACUUCACACAUUGUACCCACGUCGGGAAUCGAACCCGGGUCUUCGGCGUGACAACUAACGCUUUAACCACUAGGCUACCCGACCGCCCCCCAUAUUGUUGGAGAUGACGCCAUCUUUGAACACUGUCAGAUGAGUAGGAAUGUAUGGAUAACUGAGGACUGUCUGCUUCUCUGCAAGGUCCGGUUCUCAAUCAGAACACUUUAUCAUGGCAUGUGUAAUAUAGAUGUGGUAAAAUAGCAUGUAUAUUAGUUAUCAUAUGUCAUGACAAGAACAUUGAUAUUUAAAAAAGUACCUUGUGAUAAAUUACAUUUAUCUAAAAGGGAUACAGUUAGCAUCACAAGGACAUAUUGCGAUUGUUGUUAUGAGAAUAUUUUGUAUAUGUAAGUGCUAUGUUUUCUGCUGUAAAUUUGUACAAUUUUGUCAAACAAAUAAAACUGUGAUAUGUU